CGAGUUGUCUCUUUUCUAGCUAUAACCUUAAAUUUGGAUUUGUAUUUGUUUAAUUUGAUAUGCUAGAAUGCAUUAACAAUAGUGAUAAUAAUACAUAAAAUGGAAGUUUUAGUCUGUGAUGGUAUUAGCGCAAUAAAAGUCUGAAGUUUGAUAUUGCUGUUACUAUAGCUCUAACCAAAGUUUCAUUGCCAAUGCAAAAUUUAGUUUUUUGUUUAAUGUGGACAGGUUUAAUUUAUUGCUAGUGAUACAUUAGUUUUGGAUUUUCAUUUCAAGUUUUGCUCCGGAUGGAAGCCUUACAUAUUGUGAUUACUAUGGUGAAUAUUAAUUUCCUCGGACUUCUUGUGUUCUGAUAACAGGAAAAUGUCAAGACUGCCAUUGCUAAAAAAGGGGAUCCAGACCAGGCUUCCUUCAAACUUCUCACUUUGAACCGGUUAAUGUGGGAUCUUUUGAUUCAAUCUUAUGUGUGGGCUCAACGGUUGUACCCAUUACGCUCACUUGAUAGCUUAAGACUUGAAUCUGAUGUCUCUGAGAAAGUUAGUCAAGAUGGGGAUAUAGAAAUUACGUUUGACACACCUGUUCAAGUACAUGAACUACCAAUAAAGGAAAUUCCAAUUGGAGGACCUCUUCUGGACUGUAAUGAACAAGAUGAUCCAUCUAACACACAGGAUGUGAAAGUACCUGUUGUUGAUGAUUUGAUAUCAAGGAGAUCUUCUGACCAAAAGUUGAAAUUGAGUCUGGAUGUUUCCACUCAGUUACCAGAUCAUCUUGAAGUACGCAAGAAUUCUCCAGUUUCUACAGAUAUUCCAGCUAAUCAUCCAGUUGCAGAUUUGAAGCUAUUAAGUAAAAGUGCUUCCAAUUCACCAGUUUCCAACUUGCUGGAUUUAAAUGAUUGGUUCUGGAAACCAUUUACCGACAUUCGGCAGAUAGGCAUAAGGGAAUUCCAGAAAAGAUUAUUGCCAAAAUUUGAAUCUGUAAGCAGCUCCGUUGCUGAAUAUAUACCCACAGCCAAUCAAUUAAUCACCGAUGAAGGUACACGGUUGCAUAUCCCUCUCAAGACUGACAAUCAUGUUGUGUCUGACUUCGAGGGUGAACCCUCAAGUAUUAUUGCUUGUGCACUGGCCUUAUUGAAAGAUACAUAUGAGGUAUCAGAAAUUGAUGAUGAGGACGAUAGAAAUGAAACUGGUAUAACUUCAAAUUCAUCAGAAAGUUUGCAUAGCUUGACUAAUGGUACCUUAACUUCUUUACAAUCAUUUUCAAGGAGUUCUUCAGAUUCUGAGUCUGUACAUUCUGCAGCAAGCAGUUCAGAAGAGUCACGGGCCUCUCGUGCUACAGAAAACCAUAGCAUAGAGAUUGCUAUGGGUGGUGCAAAAUCACUUGGCAGGGAAAAAUAUUCAGUGAUAUGUCAUUAUUUCAAGCAGUUUCGUGAACUUAGAAACUGGUGUUGCCCAUCCGAGCUUGAUUUUAUUGCUUCAUUAAGCCGCUGUAGGAAUUGGGAUGCCAAAGGUGGAAAAAGCAAGUCCUAUUUUGCAAAAACACUUGAUGACAGAUUCAUCAUAAAGGAAAUAAAGAAGACAGAACUUGAUUCAUUUUUGGGGUUUUCUUCUUUGUAUUUCAAACACAUGAGAGAGUCAUUUGAGUCUGGAAGUCAAACUUGUCUUGCAAAAGUCUUGGGGAUCUAUCAGGUUACUAAAAGACAUGUCAAAAGUGGAAAAGAGGUUAAAUAUGACCUCAUGGUGAUGGAAAAUCUUACCUACAAUCGAAAUAUUACUCGCCAGUAUGAUCUUAAAGGUGCUCUUUUUGCCCGGUACAAUUCUGCUGCUGAUGGUGAUGGAGAUGUUCUUUUGGAUCAGAACUUUGUGAAUGACAUGAACUCUUCCCCAUUAUAUGUCAGUCAUAAAGCAAAGCGUGUUCUUCAACGCGCUGUUUGGAAUGACACUUCUUUUCUGAAUUCAAUCAAUGUGAUGGAUUACUCCUUGCUUGUUGGAGUAGAUUCUCAGAAGCGCGAGCUAGUCUGCGGGAUCAUUGAUUAUCUCAGGCAAUAUACAUGGGACAAGCAUCUUGAGACAUGGAUGAAGUCAUCACUUGUUGUGCCAAGAAAUGUGUUGCCAACUGUAAUCUCUCCUAAAGAAUACAAAAAGAGGUUCAGAAAGUUUAUGUCUACAUAUUUUUUUAGUAUUCCAGAUCACUGGUGUUCUCAGAAAUCUUCCAAUCCUUGCAAACUUUGUUGCUCAGGGGAAGAAGAUGAUGAUCAUCCUUCCCCAGAAAAGCCCUAGUACAAGAGUGACGAGUGCUUUCUCUGUCCAAAUCUAUUGAUUUCUUUCCAAAAUAUAUAUACAAAUUUGAGAAUUUAUGCAAGUAGUUAGCAAUGUAUAUAGACAAUCAAAUAUUGAUUGUAAACCUAGCCCUGCUAUUCUGCAUUUUUUAGCGAAUUUCUAGGGAUGCUGUCAUUUACAGGUCCAUCCUCUCCCUGUAAGAGAAAAGUAAAUUUUUGUAAAGCCUAUGGUAAAUGUAAAGGUUUAUUUAAUCAAUGAAGAGAGCUUGCCUUUGCAA